UCUCUUUCUCCAUAUAUUUCUCAAUUCAAAACAAAACCCAAAAAGAAAGGAAAAAAAAAAAAAAAAAAAAAACAAUUUAUCAGAAUUUUCAAUUUUCGCAGCUUUGGAAAAUGGUAGAUUUGGAGUGGAAAGCAAAGAUAGUAUCUUCAGACAUGCCCAGCAAAUCCCCAAAGCUCUCUAACAAGCUCCAUAUUUCGGUGCCGAUGCCGCCUUCGUUUCGUACCGUACAAGCCGAAAUCUCAACUGCUUCUUCCUCUUCUUGCUCUGCAUACGAACACUAUCUUCGUCUUCCUGAGUUGAGAAAGCUAUGGAGCUCUAAGGAGUUUCCCGACUGGAAAAACGAGUCCAUAUUGAAACCGGCUUUGCAGGCUCUAGAAAUUACGUUCCGGUUCAUUUCGAUCGUGUCAUCGGACCCCAGACCGUACGCGAACCAGAGGGAAUGGAAACGUCGGCUCGAGUCCCUCACCACGAAUCAGAUCGAAGUCAUCGCUAUGCUGUGCGAAGACGAGGUAGAAGACGGCGAGACUCGUGGAAGAGCCCCCAUCGUUGAUUUGAGCUCAUCGAAAGGCGUGCUGGCUCGCGAUGGAAGCUACGCCGAGGUAUGGAAGAUUCCCGGCGAGACAACGGUGGUGAGCCGUACAAGCGAAGCGAGCCUCCUUCCUCGGCUGGUUACGUGGCAGAAAUCGGAGGAUGUGGCGCAGAAAAUCUUGUACUCGCUGGAGUGCGAGAUGCGGAGGUGUCCGUACACCCUGGGUUUGGGGGAGCCGAACCUUGCCGGGAAACCGAACCUUGAUUACGACCUGGUUUGCAAGCCCGCCGAAGUACAUUCACUGAAGAAGAGUCCGUACGAUUUCGUCGGCAACUACGAGAACCAGACGGUGUACACCACGCACCAGCUGCUGGAGUCGUGGAUCUUCGUCUCCCAAGAGCUUCUCAGGCGAGUCGCGGAUCGAGUCGAAGGGAAAGAUUUCGAAAAAGCCUCGAGCGAUUGCUAUAUGAUCGAGCGCAUCUGGAAGCUUCUCGCCGAGAUCGAAGAUCUUCACCUUCUGAUGGACCCCGACGAUUUCCUGAGGCUGAAGAACCAGUUGGGCGUGAAAUCAAUGGAGGAUUCGGAAGCCUUCUGCUUCAGAUCGAAGGCGCUCGUGGAGAUCGCAAAGCAGAGUAAGGACCUGAAGCACAAAGUUCCUAACAUUUUGGGUGUGGAGGUUGAUCCAAAAGGUGGGCCGAGGAUCCAAGAAGCCGCCAUGAAACUGUACUCGGAGAAGAAGGGAUUCGAGAAGAUUCAUCUUCUUCAGGCUUUGCAGGCGAUCGAAUCGGCGCUCAAGAGGUUCUUCUACGCGUACAAGCAAGUGCUUGUGAUCGUGAUGGGAAGCUUGGAAGCCAAAGGGAACCGAGUUGUGGUGAGUGACGCGUGUGACUCACUGAGUCAGAUAUUCCUGGAGCCGACCUAUUUUCCGAGCUUGGACGCGGCGAAGACUUUUCUAGGCGAUAUUUUGACUCAUGAACAUGGAGGAGUUCAUGUUUUGGAUAGACGAACUCGGAGGAAACAGUCAUGGGAAUAGGUGGUUGACCUGUGUUGACUGGGUUGACCCGCGUUACUCGGACGAGUUGGAUAGGGAUUUUGAACACCAUUUUGGAAAUUGCAUAGUCUCCCUUUUUUACGUUUGGUAGUAAACAAAAAAAAAAAAAAAUGAUGAUUAUUUGUCACAAUAUUUUUUGUACUAAUUUUAUUUUAUUUUUUGGCCCCGCGGCAUCGGUUUGUAUGAUUUUUGUACAAUUUUCUUAUUCAUAUAGAAAUGUCAAUCAUUAUGGUUA